CGGCGCUCUAUAUAAGCGCGGGUUUCAGGCGCGUUGGUUGGCGACGUUCAGGGGAGAGUGCCGUGUGCUAAGUGUGAGCCCAGCAACCGCCCGGUUUCUGUGAAGAUUUCUGUAUUAGACCUUUGUUAUGGCCACGUUUUCAGUCUCCCUUGUUUGCCGCCCUGGCAGGUUUCUAGCUGAUAAAACAAUGAAGCUCAUGUGUUUCCAGCAGAAACCUCGCCAUUCCUGUCCAUUGUCCACUGUUAGCACUAAAAUGAACUGGGCAGCUAUUGAACGAAGCAAGCAGUUCCCAACUUGGGAAAGCUUUGGCAUUUGGUUAGAUGACCCAGUUAUUUUACCACCUAGAAUAUCAGCUCUUCAGUAUAAAGAGAAGAUAGCCAAUGUUGGCUGUGUAUGCCAGAUUGGAAAGAGAAAGGAGAAUGAAGAUCGUUUCAGUGUAUUUAAACUUCCAAAUGGAUUAUCAUGUUUUGCUGUCUUUGACGGGCAUGGAGGGACUGAUGCUGCUGAAAUUUGUUCCCAAUACAUUGGGCACUAUAUUCAACAAAAUCUAAAAAUACAAGCAAAUUUGGAAAAUGUCUUGCUACAUUCGUUUCUACAAAUAGAUAGUGACUUCAUACAAAACACUUAUGGUUUGAAGGAAGGUGAGCUGUUAACAUCAGGGACAACUGCAACUGUAGGUUUGAUGAAUGAAACAGUGCUUGUAGUCGCCAGUGUUGGAGAUAGUCCAGCGAUUCUUUGUCGUGAAGGGAAAGCUAAACAAUUAACAGAAGAUCACACCCCAAGAAGGAAAGAUGAAAGGAAAAGGAUUAAGGAAUGUGGCGGUUUCAUAGACUGGAAUAGUGCUGGAGAUCCUUAUGUGAAUGGCCGAUUAGCCAUGACUCGUAGCAUUGGGGAUGUGGAUCUCAAACCUUUUGGAGUAACUGCUCAACCAGAAGUUAACACAGUCAAGUUGGAACAUGCAAAAGACUGUUUCCUGAUCCUGACCACUGAUGGAGUUAGUGGAAUUAUGGAGGCACAAGAGAUGUGUGACAUUGUGAAAAAAUACCAGGAUCCAUCAGAGGCUGCUGGAGUUGUAAAUGAGCAGGCUCUGCAGUAUGGAACGCAAGACAAUGUAACUACCAUGGUUGUGCCACUUGGUGCCUGGGGGAAAUACAGUACUUCACUUGGUCAGACAAGUUUUGGAAGGAUGGUGGUUGCAAGCUCCAGAUGGUACUGAGUGUUCACUGAUAUUGGAAACUACUAUAGACUAAUCCAGAUUACCACCAUUUCUAUAAAAUAUAUGUUUGUACUUGUGUGUUUUUUGGAUUUUUCCUACAUAUGUUGCAAUAGAAAUUGAUACUGUGUGUAAUCCACAUCAGUUAUUUUUAUUUGUUAGAUCUGAAUACUGUUGCCAUUCACUUGACAAUGUCAGCCUUUGACUAUCCAUUCUGACUUUGCCACGGUUGACUUGUAACUAUAACUCAACAUUCAAGUAAGUGUCAUAACAUCCCUGGUGUUCAUGUGUAUAUUAUACUAUAGCCUUGGACAAGAGGCAAUUGUGAUUUACAUGUAAUGUGUGUAAGCCUGAAAAGCUGGGUGGGGAGCAAGGAAGUGAGUUGAGUAUCAGCACAGACAUGAUGGGUGAAAAGGCCUAUCCUGUGAUGUACAUAAAAAUGGACUAACCGAUCAAUGUCUUCAUUUAUGGUUCAUGUGCAUGUUAUGGACUGGACCAGACCCCAUCAAAAUCUAUUAAGAAGAUAGGAUUCUAGGUUAACUCUUAUUUUAAAGGCAAGUUCCUGGCAUCUUGUUCCCAAUGGAAUCCAAUUGGUCAAACUACUGGAUUUAAGGCAAAACACACUUUAUUCAUCCUCUAUAGUUAAAAUACAAUGAGAGAAGAAAUUGGAAUACUUAACCCUAUUGGGGAAAAUUAACAGAAUAAUAAAAUAUUAACUGUUCCAAUAUAGUAACAACCCACAAACACCUUAAAAGCAAAUUCAGAUACUGUCUCAAAUGCAACUCCAGCAGCAGGAAGAGAACCCACAGCUUUUAGCUGGAUCCAAGAACGGUGGGGGGAGGAAGUAUCUUCCACUUAUCCAAGACACUUGAAAACUAAAACUGAAAAUCCUGUGGGAGCUUGACCACAUCCAUUCAGGCUGCUUCUGUUGUUCGAUUUGAAAAACCCAAGUCUUCACAAUCUGUUUAUUUUGCAUUUUCAGUAGACAGCUCAGCACCUCUGUUUUCCUUCUUUCUUAAAAACCAGGAUAAAAUAUACCUCUUAAAGCCCGAGUAUCGUCACAUGCACCUGUGUGCCUUUUUCAGCAUCUGAGCCCGUUUUAGUUUUCUUGUACACCUAUUCAGUCUUGUCUUUAAAAUGCAUCUGUACAAUUCCCUUCAUUCCAUUCUUCUGGAUGUUUCUCCUGAUUUACCUAUUUCAUUCCUUAGUUAUCUUGUAUUGAUUUCUAGUUUCACUUUUCCCUUCACAAAUAUUAUCUUGUGGAUGCUGAAUUAAAACCUUUCAAUUUUUUUAUUUUUGGGUCAACACCAACCUUCUUUUUUUUUUGAUCUAUUAUUUAAGCACUUGGGACUGAAAUUUUAUUUGCUGGAUUCUGGACUGAGGCCAUCCUGCAUGUGUGAUGCCUGGUCACACAAAUCUGAUCAGCACUGAAAUUGACAGAUUGUCCACAAUUUUCAGAUUAUCUAUUUAUCAAAUGUUUAAAUGUCCUUCCUGAUGAAGUGCUUUUGCCCAAAACGUUGAUUUUCCUGCUCCUCAGAUGCCG